CAACUAUAUUGCCAUAAAGCCCUCCCAGAUUAUUCUCCCAGAUUAUUCAUUCCACGAACAAAAUUCAUGGAACGGUAAUCACAAUCCUCAAGCGCCUUUCCUUGCGCUAUGGAACCUGAAAAUGUGGAGGUGUAUUUCCCUCCGCUGAACAAAUGUCUUACUGGAGGAGCUCAACUUUUGUCAUGGAAAUCCGUCUACUGGGCGUUGACUUGCUCGGGCAACCCCCUUGAGGAUACUCCGGUACAGAGCUUCCUCAAUGAUCCCGUCACAUAUGGUCUCCUCCGUCAUGCCUUCGAACCGACGAUGCGCAUGGAGAGAGGACCUUUCGACACCAAAACCUCCGCGGUUAACGUCACCCCGGGAGAUAACGCUCUCUACAACAUUGAAGAGAUCAAAGAGGAUGCCAUCUGGCUAUCGGAAGAACUCAAGAUAGACGAACUCGCUGCUCUGCGCCUAGUUAUCCUGGAAUGGCAGGGUCGUCCACAAUCAAAACUUCUCUGCGGAUUCACCGAAGAGGAGGUGCUGGGAAUACAGAAUGCGAUCGGCGCGAUCAAUUCGGCUUCCUCGUUGAUUUCUCAAGAAGAGCAGAACAACGAGUCCAUAUCCAAGGAGCGGCGGAAAGUCAACCUUCUACGGCUGUAUAUGACCGAGCGAGCCCAUCUGACCAAGGUGACGGAGUUCCUCCUCCACUAUGGAGUCUCAACGAUUCCAUUACAACGGGACUUUUUCGGUUACAGAGACCCAAAAUCCGCGACUGGCACCGACGAGUGGAUUGCCACCCUGGGCCAACGACUUUUGGGAAAUUUACACGAAGAAGGAUUCACGCAUGUCAGGAUGUCGCGGUUCACUGCUACUUGCAAGACAUGGCUCGAAGUUCGACACCAUAAUUUGGAUGCUGGGCAAGGGUGGUUGAAACGUUGGGUUGAGAACGGCGCGGUCGAACUUGCGGAAACCUGGGCCUGGCUUCAACUUUCCGAGAUGGUUGCCAUUAUGCAAAUCCUCUUAGUCCAUCUUAUUGCCUGGCGGGACAUUUGCUCCAUCACCAUGGUGGAGACGUGGUUUGAUUUCCUCGGAUCGGCAUCUUUCUUCGAUGGCGCACAUUUCCGCGGUCCUUUCGAGUCGACAGCCAGCCUUGUCUAUCAACUUCAAUUGCUGGUGUCAAGUACAUCGGUGCUAAUGAUUUGGGGGGAGGGCAUCCGACCAUAUUUGGUGGAGCAUGCGAGAGAUCGGUCCUCGGAAAUCAUCAAUAAGGACCAGACACGCUUCAUUGCCAGCGCGACAUGCAUGGAGAGCGUCCAUCGAGUCAUUGUAAACGCUUCGAAUGCGGGUUUGCAGCCUGCGAUACCGGCAAUCUAUGCCUGGAGCCUCAUUGGGCUCUUAGUCAAGGACGCCGCCGCCGAAGCACAAGAGCAAGGACUACAGCAGAGUCCCAGUCAGCCGUUAGAUACCGCCGACCCAGGCCAAGGAUUCUACGAGACCGUCGCCGAACUGCUCUCCACAGUGCAAAACCCGAGGGACGAUGCGGAAGAGGAUGAUCAAAUUGCGCUCUUGCUCGUCGCCUCCAUCGACCAGUUCCAAAUACUGAAUGUCAUUUCCGGUAUCGCGGAUGGCUUAGAUGUCAUGGUCCCCCAGAGUAGCGGUACGGCAACCCGACUUGCCCUUCGCAGGAGUCUUCUAUCUCUCGUGAGAGAUAGCCUUACCUACGUACAGUACUCGGCCGAUUUACUGGGAGCAACUUUAUCGAUCCUUUCCUCUGAUAAGCCAGUCCACAGUUUGGUCAGCUUACUCACUAGAGAGAUUCCGCUCGACGCCCGUGAAGCCAAUCGGGUCAAGGACGCCUCGGAUUUCAAGAUCAUCACCGAGUUCUUAGAAGAUCAACGAGGCUUCAUGCGUGCGAUUUUCGACCAAGCCGUCCUGCGAUUUCCCCUGGAAGUUUCUCCGCUUCUGAAGCUCUGCCAAGCUCUGGCUGUAACUCCGUGUCCGGACAACGAUCCACCAGGCGCACUCUGGGUUCGGGGGAUCCUCUCACAGCUCCAUUCUUUCACCUGCCGAUUGCCAGCCAACUUUGCUGGAUACGAAAUCAUCCCAUUACGAGACGGAGUGAACGGCAUGAGACUUCUCUACGACCUACCUCUUUUCACGGAAGUCAGACGCACUCUUCUACAUUCGAACCAAAACGGGGCAAGUGGCACGCCUUUCAUCAUGAAUGCUGGAACCGUUGGCGCGCUUCUCACGAGCAAGCCGCCUCAUAUCACGAGCUGGGAGUACUCAUGCUCGGCUUUCGAGUUGCUCACCAGCUACCUCAGCACGUUGCUCGGAAACUGCAACGAACGACCGACAUUUGCCGACCACGAAUUACAGCUCGACACCGCUGCCGACAUAAUAUCGACAAUCACUAUCCUCUUGGACGCCUGUUUCCGUAUGCCGCAUAUCCACAACCAAGAAGACGUGGAUCCGAAAACGGAGGCGCUUCUCAUUCUUGGCGAGUGCCGCUCACUCCUCUCCGACCAGCGGGACUUGAUUUCUGUCGUUUUCGCCAUCUUCGAGCAACAACUUCAACGCGAGUGCGAGCAACCUGGCCUCGACGGGUCCCUCGACCUUCUGAUCAGCUGUCUGCGGUUCAUCACGAUCGUGACGGCGGUUUCUCCGGAACGGGUGUGGGGUCCGCUUUCGCGCAGCCGCUUCGUCCGGUCGGAUGGCAGCGGCGGGGCCAUCAUCGCCAUCGUCACCUCCACGGAACUGGUCACGGGACAGUUUGGCUUCCUCCUUGCGUGCAUUCGGUUGUUUGAGGAGCUCGUGGAGGAUGCGGUGAUCCGAUCCGUCAGUCGAAACGCGGCGUCGAAGGCGGUGGUCCGGUUCGGUACACCCAACGUGACGACGUCCAUGAGCACGCAAAAGAUGAUCUCAGACUUGAUCGCCCUGGCUGUGAAGUUGCUGGCUGGCGUUUAUUCGGCCUUUGGGAGCUGGAACUUUCAAGAUGUGAAUGAGAGGUUGGAGAUCGGCUCUCGGCUGACUUCCCUGUUCGAGCGCAUCGUGGUCUAUGUCUAUGACUGCGAUGAGGCAACCGCCCCGAAAGAACGGUUAGCGGGAACAUUAGCGGGGAGUGCCGAGUAUCUACUUGAAAUCUUCCUAGCCCCUUCCGACAGCAGUGGAUUCACGAGACCGUUGUUGGAAUCACUGACAUACGGCUGCAUGGUCCCGUCGCAAACCCCCGAUGUCACGGCCUUGAAGCCAUGGACGAAACAAACGGAAUCGGCGAUCAAGUUUUCCACCAUUUUGCUACGAGCUGGAAUCCUGCUGAACAUGCCGACCAGCCUCCUGGAACAGCAGCUCUUCAAAGUGGCGCCCGUUCUGGCGCGUCUCUUUGCCGGCGGCGACGCCCACAAGUACUCCACCGCGUGUCUUCUGGAAGCCAUGAUCCGCAGCAGUGACAAGUCGAGCGAGGAACCGGCGUCCCUCUUAGGCCAAAUGGGCUCGGAAACCGCAACGUCGUUCUUGGCGGCCCUGCUCCAGCUCAACCGACCACUUGAGGACCCUGCGAUCGAAGAGGCCAUAUGGCAACUCCUCUCGGCCGUCGUCAGCUCCCGGCAACAGUGGUUCGCGAUCGCGAUCCUGACGGGCAAGUCACCGCGCGAUAUGCGCGCGAACGCGUCUCGCGGAGGGCAGCAGGCCUCGCUAGGGAACAACGUCCUCCGCCACGCCGCGGAGGCGUUGAAAGCCGACGAGAUGCCGAUUCACCGGGGUUUUCCUAUGCUUACGUUUCUCCGCGAUGCGUUCUCCCACUACGCGUGGACCAUGGACACCUUCACAGCCCACCGAGACUGCGUCAACGCGCUGAUUCGUCAUCUCCAGCCCAUGCCGCGACCCUCGUCGCUAAACACCCCCGAAGUCGUGGUCACCACCGCGCAACAGUGGAGUUUCAUCUCGGUGGCGGUGGAGAUCCUGGCGUUGCAUCUGCACAGCGAACCGCGGCAAAAACGCGCCGAUUUGGUCGCCCGCCUGACGCAGCCCUCCGCGGAUCGUCCCAGCGUUGUCGAGUACUUAACUGGACCGGUCCCCGGCAUGUCCGAGGUUGUCCGCGCGCAGGUGGGCGCCGGCGCGUCGCCGAUCGCGUAUAAUCGAUCGCUGCACGCCAAUCUGAACCGCAACUUCAACAUGGUCUUCCGACCCGCUAGCCUGCAGAAUUUCAAACGCACCUUGCUGUACCGGGCGGAGCUGGGAUGGAACUAUUUCUACGACAUCCCGUUCGCGGCGAAAUUGCUCCGGUACGAGAAGGCGUGGGAGGGCCGCAAUGGGAAUGGGUUGAAAGCGGAGGUGUUGCGCGCCAACGCGAAUUUGUCGUUGGUGGAGUCCCAGGUCCAGCUCCUUCGCGCGUGGAAGCUGCUGGCAAUCGAGCUGAGUCGCAGCAUUACCCCGAACGAGCGUGCCGCUAGGCAACUGACGACGGCGGUGGUGUCGAGCUUGGAGGCGAACAAAUCCGACAAUUCACCCCCUGAGCUCGCCGGUCGGGUCAUUCAAAGUCGUUUGGAGCUGUCCUUCAUCGUGGUUCAACGAUUAGUCGCCGCGGGGUUGUCGGACCAGGAAACGCAAGAGCUGUUCGAUGCGGCAUGGAACGCGUUCCGAGAUACCUGCAACGACUUCGAUAACGCUUUCUCCGGUUCCAACGUCGACGAAGUCCGGAUGACGUUGAAGAUCCUGUUCCUUGCCAUCCAAGCCAACUUCCGGCUACUUACCCAGCCACGGCCUGACGGGAUGUCGGAUGGUGACUGGAAUCAAGUAGUCCAGAGGCGGACAGCGCAGAUCCCGACGGCCCUUGAGAUCAUGGACAAGGUGGUCCUCCGAGGGGUGAAGUCGUUCGUCAAACAAGUCCACAACGACGCGCAAUCAUGCGACCCGAGCGACCUCGUGCUCCUCACCGCCAUCUUCCAAUUCUCGCUCCGCGUGCCGGGGAUGGGCCGAUCGCAUUCGCAGAUCUCCCUCCUCGUGAGCACGGCGAGCGCGAUCCGGUGCGCCACGACGCUCUUCUCCUGGUCUGACAAGCUGGUCAUCAACGGCGACCCGAUCUACGGAGAGCUCAGCGUGCUCUUCCUCCUGGAGCUCUCCAGCGUGCCGCUGGUCGCCGAGUCCAUGGCCGUGGAAGGCGUGCUCGCCAAUAUCAGCAACUCUAACCUGGCCAAGUACUUCCGCCUAGAGCACGGCAUGGGCCCCUUCGACGAACCAGUCCGCCUCCACUCGAUCUGGACCCGCGGCAUCCUCCCGCUGUGUCUCAACCUGCUGGACUCCGUCGGCCCCCCCAUCGCCGCCGAGCUCGCCACCUUCCUCAACCAGUUCCGCGGGCAACUCGCCCGCAACGUCACCACCAUCGACAGCAAGCAAUCCCGCAUCCUCAAGACGCGACCCGGGACCAUGACCCUCAACCUAGCCUCGGAAACGCACUCGCUCGCACUCCUCGCCGCGCUCCUCGACCGCUGCCGCUCCGCCGGCCUCGUGCAGGGCGUCGUGGCGGCGGACAUCCCUGCGCUGGACUGGGACCGGGCGACGGUGCGCGACGACGUGGAGUCGUGGCUGGCGAGCCGGGCGUAUUUGCGGCAGCGAAUCGUGCCGGCGAGCGAGGGGGACGUGGGGCUGGCGAAGAUGGCGGCAAUAAAGGGGGAGAAUGGGAGUGAGAAUCGGUUGGAGGAGCGGGUAGUGCAGGAGCUGCAGCAGGCGAUGGUGUUGUUGGCGGAGAGUGCGAACGGGGGAGGAUGAACGGGGGGCAUUGGCGUUUGGUCCCAAAAAGGGUUAGGAAUAUCACGGAUGCGGGAUGAAGCGGUAUUUUAUGCGAAAGGAGCCUUUGAUCCUUGCCACUCCGUCGGCUUCUUUGCUUACUGACUACUGUGCAUGCUCGGUUGGUGAGGUGAGCGUUGGAUCAUGCAUGCUAAUGGGUGUGGUACGUAGGAUCGAUUGGGCCAAAAAAAUGAACACAGACACGGGAACUAGCGGAUGAUACAAAAGCAGGUGUUCAUAGACAGAUACCAAUCCACGCAUGAAGACUCAA